AUGGAGACGCUUGCGAGCGAGCAUGGCAUCUCGCUCUCGGAAAACACUCUCAAACGCAACAUGAAUGCCUGGGGCCUUUCGAUCCGUCCGCGUAUAAAAGUGACCCCUGAGAUGAGACAGCGUAUCUAUGAUCUCUUCUACCAAGAGAGAUAUUAUACAGACCAGCAAAUGGCCAAGAUCCUCAGACGAGAUGGCUUUGUCAUUUCCUUUCGUAAGUUGGCAAAACUACGCAAAGAGAUGGGAUUAUCCAAAAGGAAAGACACAAUUAUACCUACGAAUCCUGUUGUACCUGGUGAAACUAUUCGGAUAGAGGAUGAUAAUUCUUCUUCGGAUGAUGAUGAUGAUGAUGAGGAGGAAGAUGAUGACGCUGGAGAGGAUGAAGUUGAUAUAGAUAUCGACCCAAUCAUCGCUUUGGAGAAUGCUACUAGAAUUCAACAACCCGAUCAGCUCACUCCACAGCCUGCUGCUCAGAUAAAAGAACCAGCUUGGAGAAAGAAGCGACCGGGCGACUCUGCUCAGCCCACUCACCAAGCACCUCGAAUUUCCACUACCUUUACCGAUAGCAGACAUUCUCCAGUCCCGCCAGCACGACCUAAUGUCCGUUCGCCGACGCCUCCCCUGAUUCUGGACGAUGCGACCGCACCUGCCGACACAGACAUUUAUUCUCAACCACCAGCAAACGGUCAAGGCCUUGCUCGGCGAGUCACUACCUUGGUCACACGUAUCGAGACCAUCGAGACCGAGAACAUCAGUCUCAAACAGCAAGCUGACCAACAACGGACCGAGAAUCAAGAACUCCGUCAACUGGUUCAGCAGCAAAGGAAUGAAAUGGAUAUGAUGAGAGCUUCGCUAAAUGAGCUCAUUGUCAGGUUCAAUGCUGCGCACUAUCAAAUGUAA